GGGGAGGGGGAGAGAGAGGGAUGGGGGGGAGAAAAAUAGAUGGAUGAGAACCACAGAGAGGAGAGAGUGCACUGUGACAAGAACGGAGACCGAGAGUAGAAAACCAGCAGAAGACGGGAGGGAUUUAAGAAGAGAGACGAGACCAAAUAACAGGGAAAACAGAGACGGACAGAAUCCAGGAAGCAGAUAAAGUACACACUUGGCAGAAGAUGAUGAAAAAAAACAGAAAAAAAAACGGAGGACUGAGAAAGGGCCCUGAGAGGCAGAGAUAAAGGAGGAGAAAUCCAGCUCUCCAGUUGUGAGAUCCCUGAAUGGGAGCCCUCCUAAGCUCCCACAGACCAUGAUGUGGACAGCUGUGCAUGCCUGGCAGACACCAGAUGAGAGCCCUUCACUCUACAGCCUCCUGUUAACAAUUUUCUCCACAUUCCACCCCCAGAUAGAGCACAUUUGGCUAGAGGUGGGUAAGACUUCUAGUCGUGAUACGGCCGGAAAAUCCCUGCUCUCGUAUCUUGGGCGGCCGACUAUGGAAGAGCAUGGAUAAGAGAGGAGAGGGAGAUACACAGGGCUCAGGGGCUGCUCCAGUCCCACAGCUGCUGUCUGACUCUGGAGACGGCUGGAAUGGCAGAGAUGUGUGUGUCCGUCAAUGUGGCCGGCAGAAACACCCACAUGCCGGCAGAAACACCCACAGCCGGCAGAAACACCCACAGCCGGCAGGAACACCCACAGCCGGCAGAAACACCCACAGCCGGCAGGAACACCCACAGCCGGCAGAAACACCCACAGCCGGCAGGAACACCCACAGCCGGCAGAAACACCCACAGCCGGCAGAAACACCCACAGCCGGCAGAAACACCCACAUGCCGGCAGAAACACCCACAGCCGGCAGAAACACCCACAGCCGGCAGGAACACCCACAGCCGGCAGAAACACCCACAGCCGGCAGGAACACCCACAGCCGGCAGAAACACCCACAGCCGGCAGGAACACCCACAGCCGGCAGAAACACCCACAGCCGGCAGAAACACCCACAGCCGGCAGAAACACCCACAGCCGGCAGAAACACCCACAGCCGGCAGAAACACCCACAGCCGGCUUGAAUGCUUGGUGUCUGAGACCAUUGUCACUCCUUUCAGCAAAACAACUUUAACUGUGUGUGUGUGCGCGCUUGUGCCUAGGAAAUGCGGAUAACAAAUUAAAAUCAAUUUGUACAAACCAAACAAACAAGACUUUCAAGGGCAUAAAACAUUAACGCUUUUUAAAUGAAGUUGCUAUGGCAGCAACUGGACUCAAAUAGUAAUGAUCAAGAUAUGAGACAAGUUCAUUUCCUAUGAAACCGCAUUUAAGGUGGAGAACACACACACACACACACACACACAACACCUGCCAUCUCUUCUCUUCUAAAUGAAAUAUUACAGUUGGGUGGGCCCAAGUCCCUGGUGUCUGCCUUUGUCUUUCUCUGGUGCAAUCGCAAGCCUUGCGUUUUUGUUCUUUGCUUUCCUGCCCCACAAAAAUAAUAAUGACAAUGUUCUG